UUGAGAUCUUUGAGAUGAUUAUCAAAGUCCUCUGUAUCAUCGUUGAGUGUAAUCACUAAAAACAUCAACACCAUGAAGUUCCUCGCAAGUUUCUUACUGCUCUUUGUAGCCCUUAUGAUAGCCGUAGAUGCUUCACCAUACAGACCACCAGUCCAGAAACCCCACCCGAACGCACCCAAAGUGCCCUCUUUCCCCGGUCAAGGAACUUGGAGUGGCAGACCUCGUCGCUCACCUCAAAAGAACGGCCAAGUCGAAAUCAACGCCAAGAAGGAAGGUGGAAAGACUUCCUGGAACGUGGAAGGCAAGCAAAAGGUCUGGGGUAACGAGCACGGCAGCAUUCACAUCAGCGGCGGUGCCAACAAGCAGCCCGGUGGCAAGCCCCAAGGACAGAUUGGCAUUGGCGGAUCCUUCCACUGGGGAAAAUAAAUUAAGACAUUUUUAAUUUUUUAUUCCUGCAAAAUUACUUUUAAGAAACGAAAAUAAAUAUAUUUUCAAUACAAAUUUUUGUUCUUUAAUUCAUUUAGAAAUUUAGAACGUCUCAUUAAGUCAUCUAAAAAAAUUAUGAUUUAUCAAGCGCAGUUAUUUUUGAGCAUGCUUUUUAACAAUACCUUUAGUUAACAUUACAAUCGUAACAGCUUUAAAAAGUGUACGAAAUGGACGAUUUUCAAAAAUCUUCAAAAAUAUAUUUAAAUGUUAAAAAUUGUAGAAAAUUAACGAGUGAAAACCGUUAAAAAGUUAAGUUUAGUUGACCAUUAUUAUCAAAUUUGAAUGUAAAAAAAUAAAGCAAAAUUUUGCUAAUAUUUUAGUGA